AUGAUGUUGGGGCGGAAGCAGAGCCUCAAGGGGGAACCCGUCCUGGCCGAUUAUGGUCCGGAAGAGUCCCUCAAUGAGAGCGCUGACAUAGAGUGGGUCAACAAGUUAUGGGUGAGGAGACUGAUGCGAUUUUGCGCCCUAGUCUCGUUGGCUUCCGUUUGCUUGAACACCCCGAAAACGUUUGAGAAAGUACCGUCCCUUCAAUACGUUACCUUCAUUUGCGAUCUGGUAGUUACAUUUCUGUUCACGGCCGAGAUGAUCGCCAAGAUGCAUAUACGAGGAAUACUGAAGAGGGAUAAGUCUUAUUUAAAAGACCACUGGUGCCAAUUCGACGCGAGUAUGGUAAUCUUCCUCUGGUUAUCUGUGAUUCUGCAAAUGUUUGAGAUGCUGGGUUUCCUUAUAAAGUUUAGUUACGCCUCGAUCAUGCGGGCACCACGACCGUUGAUCAUGAUACGCUUCCUUCGGGUCUUCCUCAAGUUUUCAAUGCCCAAAGCCAGAAUCAAUCAGAUUUUUAAACGCUCGAGCCAACAGAUCUACAACGUAACGCUUUUCUUCCUGUUCUUCAUGUCUCUCUAUGGUCUUUUGGGUGUGCAAUUCUUCGGCGAGCUGAAAAAUCACUGCGUGUUGAACACAACCGAGCCCAAUUACAUCACGAUAAACAGUUUGGCCAUUCCCGACACGUUUUGUUCCACUGAUCCGGAAUCCGGAUAUCAAUGCCCUGAAGGAAUGGUCUGCAUGAAGCUGGAGUUGACCAAGUAUAUCAUAGGCUUCAAUGGAUUUGACGAGUUUGCUACCAGUAUCUUCACUGUGUAUCAAGCGGCUUCUCAGGAAGGAUGGGUCUUCAUUAUGUAUCGUGCGAUCGACAGUCUACCGGCAUGGCGUGCAGUUCUUUACUUCAGCACAAUGAUAUUCUUCCUUGCUUGGUUAGUGAAGAAUGUUUUCAUUGCCGUCAUCACAGAAACUUUUAAUGAAAUCCGAGUUCAGUUCCAACAAAUGUGGGGCGUCAGAGGGCACAUUAGUAACAGUUCGGCAUCGCAGAUAUUAACUGGAGAUGACAAUGGUUGGAAAUUAGUGACAUUAGACGAGAAUAAGCAUGGGGGCCUAGCUUCUCCACUCUGUCACACUAUUCUCAAAUCGCCGCAUUUUCGCUCGGUGGUAAUGUGCGCGAUUCUGGCGAAUGGUAUCACCACCGCGACGAUGAGUUUCAAGCAUGACGAGAAACCAAGACACACGUACUACGACAAUUAUUACUGGGCCGAGAUUGUCUUCACGUUAUUGUUGGACCUAGAAACCCUCUUCAAGAUAUGGUGCCUGGGCUUCCGGAGUUACUUUAAGCAUUCGAUUCACAAAUUCGAACUGCUGCUUGCCAUUGGCACGACUAUACACAUUAUUCCAUUCUUCUAUCUCUCUGGAUUCACUUUCUUUCAGGUUCUCAGAAUGGUCAGACUCAUUAAGGCGUCGCCGAUGUUGGAGGACUUUGUCUACAAGAUUUUUGGUCCCGGUAAGAAGCUCGGCAGCCUUAUUAUUUUUACCAUGUGCCUGUUGGUGAUAUCUUCCAGCAUUUCCAUGCAGCUGUUUUGUUUCCUUUGCGACUUUACCAAAUUCGAAACCUUUCCUGAGGCGUUUAUGUCGAUGUUCCAAAUUUUUACGCAAGAAGCUUGGGUCGACGUGAUGGAUGAAACUAUGUUACGAACCCACGAAACAGUAGCACCGCUGGUCGCAGUAUAUUUUAUCUUGUACCAUCUCUUCGUCACAUUGAUCGUGUUGAGUCUUUUCGUCGCUGUAAUUCUCGACAAUCUCGAGCUAGAUGAAGACAUUAAGAAAUUGAAACAAUUGAAAUUUCGCGAACAAAGUGCCGAGAUAAAAGAGAGCUUGCCGUUUAGAUUGAGAAUUUUUGAAAAAUUCCCAGAUAGUCCGCAGAUGACAUGUCUCCAUAAAGUGCCAUCUGAUUUCAAUUUACCGAAGGUGCGCGAGAGCUUUAUGCGACAAUUUGUGCUUGAAGUGGAGGACGAAGAAAACGAAGGUGCGAAGAGAACUAAUGAAACCUUUGAUUCGAAAAUAAUAUAUAGAAAACAACGCCCAGUGAAAAUCUUAAACAAUCCACCGAAGGUGAGAAGUGUCGUGACCAAUCUGAAGAAAGCGUCUGUCAUUUAUAUCAUAAACGAUUCUAAUAAUCAGAGACUUCUCUUGGGAGACUCCGCCAUGAUUCCAGUACCGGGAAAAGGGCUUUUAAAACCGCAGGGUACUGUGACCAAUGCCAAGCAGCUUCGCAUCGAUCCAAAAAAAUCAAUUAGAAGGAGCGUCCGAAGUGGAUCGAUCAAACUCAAACAGACGUACGAGCAUCUCAUGGAAAACGGUGACAUAGGGGGAAUAAACAGAGUCAGUUCAUCGAGCAGGAGACCGCAUGAUUUAGACAUCAAGUUGCUACAAGCUAAGAGGCAACAGGCAGAGAUGCGAAGAAAUCAACGCGAAGAUGAUUUGCGAGAGAAUCAUCCGUUCUUUGACACGCCUUUGUUCGCGGUACCUCGCGAAAGUAAAUUCCGGAAAUAUUGCCAGCUGUUUGUUUACGCGAGGUACGACGCGAGAUUGAAGGAUCCUUUGACAGGCAAAGAAAGGAAGGUGCAAUACAAGAGUCUACACAAUUUUCUCGGUUUAGUGACCUAUCUCGAUUGGGUGAUGAUAUUUAUCACGACGUUAUCGUGCAUCUCAAUGAUGUUCGAAACGCCAAGAAAGCGCGUGAUGGAAACACCAGCGUUACAGAUCACCGAAUACUGCUUCGUUAUUUGCAUGAGCAUCGAACUUGCAUUAAAGAUCCUGGCGGACGGUCUGUUCUUCACGCCCAAGGCUUAUAUCAAGGACGUUGCCUCUGUGCUAGAUGUCUUUAUUUACAUUGUAAGUCUUGUAUUCUUAUGUUGGAUGCCGAAGAGCGUGCCGCCGAAUUCUGGAGCGCAGCUGCUGAUGAUUUUACGAUGCGUCAGACCGUUAAGAAUCUUCACUCUUGUACCGCAUAUGAGGAAGGUCGUUUACGAACUGUGCAGAGGAUUCAAGGAAAUCUUGCUGGUAUCGACAUUAUUAUUCCUAUUGAUGUUUAUGUUUGCGAGUUACGGAGUGCAACUGUAUGGCGGUCGAUUAGCUAGAUGUAACGAUCCUACGAUCUUGAAACGCGAGGAGUGUGUCGGUGUAUUUAUGAGAAGAGUGUUCGUGACGAAGAUGAAAUUGCGGCCGGGGGAAAACGAGAGUUAUCCGUCCAUAUUGGUACCGCGAGUUUGGGCUAAUCCUAAAAGAUUCAACUUUGAUAAUAUUGGCGAUGCUAUGAUGGCUCUGUUUGAAGUACUUUCUUUUAAAGGCUGGCUUGAUGUGCGGGAUGUCCUUAUUAAGGCUCUUGGCCCUGUUCACGCAAUCUAUAUACACAUUUAUAUUUUCCUCGGUUGUAUGAUCGGCUUGACGUUGUUCGUGGGUGUCGUGAUCGCGAAUUACUCCGAGAACAAAGGCACUGCUUUGCUCACAGUCGAUCAGAGACGAUGGUGCGACUUGAAGAAACGUUUGAAGAUUGCCCAGCCGCUGCACUUACCGCCCAGACCGGACGGCAAGAAAUUCCGGGCUUUCAUCUACGACAUCACGCAAAACAUUUAUUUUAAAAGAUUCAUCGCUGUCAUGGUGCUCGUGAACAGCGCUUUGCUAUGCGUUUCUUGGAGACUCGAAGAAGAACAUACUGAAGCUCUGGCUACGGUUUCCACGAUUCUAACAUUGGUCUUCCUCGUGGAGGUAAUCAUGAAGAACAUUGCUUUUACACCGCGUGGCUAUUGGCAAUCCAGAAGAAAUAGAUACGAUCUACUCGUGACAGUCGUAGGCGUUAUCUGGAUCAUCAUACACUGUACGAUGCAGAAUGAUCUGUCCUACGUGAUUGGAUUCAUGGUUGUGAUUCUGAGAUUCUUCACCAUCACCGGAAAACAUACCACUCUCAAGAUGUUAAUGUUGACAGUUGGUGUAUCCGUCUGCAAAAGUUUCUUUAUCAUAUUUGGCAUGUUUCUCCUCGUUUUCUUCUACGCGCUAGCUGGCUCCAUAAUCUUUGGUACGGUGAAGUACGGUGAAGGCAUAGGAAGACGUGCUAAUUUCGGGUCACCGGUUACCGGCGUAGCGAUGCUUUUUCGCAUAGUGACGGGGGAGGAUUGGAAUAAAAUUAUGCACGAUUGCAUGAUACAACCGCCCUAUUGCACGCCGGCAGAUAAUUACUGGGAAACGGACUGUGGCAAUUUCCACGCUUCUCUAAUUUACUUUUGCACCUUUUACGUCAUCAUCACUUACAUCGUCUUGAAUCUCUUAGUGGCUAUUAUCAUGGAGAACUUUUCUCUAUUCUAUUCAAACGAAGAAGAUGCAUUAUUAUCGUAUGCCGACAUAAGAAACUUCCAGAAUACAUGGAAUGUUGUUGAUAAUCAUCAGAAAGGUGUUAUACCGGUGAAGCGGGUGAAGUUUAUCUUGCGGUUGCUGAAAGGCAGAUUAGAGACUGAUCCACAAAAGGAUCGCCUGCUCUUCAAAUACAUGUGUUACGAAUUGGAACGAUUGCACAAUGGCGAAGAUGUUACGUUCCACGAUGUUAUUAAUAUGUUGUCGUACCGCUCGGUGGACAUAAGAAAAGCACUUCAAUUGGAAGAACUUCUUGCACGAGAAGAAUUCGAGUAUAUAAUCGAAGAGGAGGUGGCUAAGCAAACGAUCAGAACUUGGUUACAGGGCUGCUUGAAGAAAAUACGAGCGAAACAAAACAAUCUUAUCGCCGGGCUUCGUGCUACAAAUAAUGCGGCUGUGCCGCUUCAAGAUAUAGAGAAGGGUAAGGAGGAGAAAGGCAAGGAAAUUAGCGUUGAUCGUGAGGAGGAGGUUGAAGCAAAGGAUGUCGAAGCCCCGAAGUACAGGGCCAAGAAACCGAUGGUGCUUCCAAGAUCGGACAGCAUAGGAAGUGCCUCGGGAAGGAAAUAUUUAGCACCAACUUUAUCGGAUCCCGCAUCCGUUCGAUCCGAGAAGGACAAAAUCGCGGCGUCGAAGAAGAGGAAUAGUAGACCACCAUCAAUGGUGAAAAAUAAUUUGCAUCACUUCACGGAAAAUACAGAGCAAAGCAGACAGCAAAGGGAGGUGUUAAACAACAAGACGGCUGCGCCUAAAGUUUCCAGCGUCAUGCUGGAAGUUCGCGAAUGGUGGAAGGAGCAGUUGGCUUACAGCAGUGAGUCCAGUGAGGACGAACUCUAAACUUUCCGAAAUGGCAGAAGAAUAAACGAUUACAAUCGCAGUAAAUUGUGAAGUGAGGAUUCCUACUUUUAGUAAUUAUAAAAGACGAAUUCUUAGCCUAAGAAUUUUGCAUCCAGCGAAGCGGAUGAUCCAAGGAGAAACGUGGUAUGUGCCUAAUAAUUUUAAUCACUCGCCCAAACUCGAGGAACUUUAACGCGUUGAGCUUCAACUGCAAUUCGCCACCUUCACUGCUGAGAACUAUAUUAAAUAUUUUGCUAUGCCCAAAGCAGUGUGCACAGAGCGAGCUAAAAAUGUUCAAAGCUUUCGUUGCACGUUUCAUGAAGCUCAUCGUGUUAGAAGAAUCGAUUUCCUACCAGAAGAAAAAAGGAGUUAUUGUCGAAACAUAUAUAUAUCAAUCACACAUACAUACAUAUACACACAUAUACACACACACUCGCGACAUUCGUAUCGAAUUCGGAACAUCACUGCCGUAUAUCAACCAAGUCGCCCAUACGAAAAUGCUUGAAUCCUCGAACAUUAAUUUGUUGAAAGAUUUUGAUGUAUGUUUUGAUGAAGAACUUUUCCGUACGUCACACUCGCGUACUGUCAUUCAUGCAUCAUGAUUCAACUAUUUUUAAAACAUCUCGAGGUAACUACAAUUGUACGUAAUUUUGUACGACACGAAGUUGAUCAUCGCGCGAGUAAUAGCUACAGUCGAUUAUGGUGUUAUUAAGGGCAACUGUGAGUACAAUUAGUAUAGGACGCGAUUCGUCGUAGAUAUUUUUGUCGUGAAGAGGGUACUGUUUCUGUGUAAAGAAAACGUUAGGACGUUGCAGAUCGUCGAUUCUUUCCUCCUUACAACAAGAAUACGUCCCGAAGGCCUGUACCGUAGAUCUACACGAUUGAUUUGAUAUUGACAGUUGUAAAAGUUUUAGCGCGCGCGAUCGUUGAUGUUAUAUUAUCUCUGUUAUUAAUUACUACAGUAACGCUGUUACGGGUGUCGCUUUAGUGAAAAGAGGGUUGUGCACAGUCGAGAGAAUUACUUGGCGGAGGGCAUAAGUUAUUUUGAAAUGCGCGAUUGCGUCAGCUCUCCUAUAUUGUGUAUGUUGAACAUACGAGAGAUAUUAAAUGGAGCAUUUAUAUUAAAUAUAUAUGACUGUCGUAAGUUUUUGUAAUGCGACGCGAUGUGCGAGUACGUCGUAAGUAAAUUUGUGAGAUGAACCUUUAGCGGGACGCGAUUGAUGUUAGCGCAAUAAUACGCAUACGCACACACGCACGAUGAAUAUUAUGCAUAUACAUAUAUAUUUACAAAAGCGGAAAAACGGAUUUAGCGUUGUGGGCCGCAUUACAUCACUGUAAUGAAUGUUGAUGAUUGUUGCUAGUUUAUGUGCCAAUGUGUUGUCUUAUCAAGUAUAGGGCAAAUAAAUGUUGUUAGAUAUCAUUA